AUGCUAGAGUCGCUGACGGUGCUGCACCAUGCGAGCAACAGCAACGCGUUGGAGGAGGACCUCGGCGGCGCAGCACCUCUGCUACUGACUCGUAUUACAUCCUGGUGGAAGCUGCGCUAUGGCGCGUGGGUGACCGACUGCGUGUCCUCGAUGUCCAGCGCGUCUACAAAAACUGCUGCUGCUGGUGCUGCUGCUGCCGUUGACGCUGCGCAGAAGACUUCCGCGAGGAGCGGGGCCGCUUCCGCUAUUCCUCCGUCCGCGACGGCGUCAGGCUCCAACGCAAACGUUGCCCCUGACGGACCGUCCCUGCCAAGGGCGUCCUGUCUCUCUGGCUCAACGGCACCUUCGUCGGAGCUGCUGGCCCAGAUUGAGGCAAUUACGCUGUUUCUGCGCGGUUCUCGCUUUCUCCUUCAGUUUGUGGAAGGUGGCGGGGUCGCCACGCUAACUCACUGCCUGGAAACAACGGCGCACGCAUCGCUGCCGUCGUCGACGUCGCUGCCAGCUAGUGCUGCUGCGGCUACUUCAUCGAUGCCGGCUCUGUUUGUGCUGGAGCGGCGAGCCAUAACUCUGCUGCUCUUGCACGUGGUGAAUGCAGGUCGCGUGUAUCGCGAGAUGGUGGGCGACAAGGAGGGCCUGCUGCACGUGUUGCGAACGCUGCAGCUCGAAACGGAUGCGCUGGUCGCCGCACCUCUGACUGAAUUGCUGGCCGUGCUUGGCCAGGGUCAUCCACGGAUGGCGAACAUAGUUCAGACGGGGCUGCUGCGCGUGUUAGCCGACGCGGUGCAAUCGCCAGAAGACUUGACGACCCCUGGUGCGAAGAGCUUAGCGGGGCCGUGGCGCGUUUCUGAAGUAGCGGUGCUGCAUACCGCUCGCGCCCUCCGCGCGCUGCAGCUGCAGAGGGAGCAGCAUCACUACGCUCAGUUUUACCUCGGUGGCUGCACAGAUGCUGCUCUGGGGGCCGGUGCAGACUAUGUGCCCAUUGUUGGCAUGGACUGUGCAUCAAAUGCGUACAACACCGCGGAGACGGCAGCUGGACCACCUUCUGGCAGCUCCUACGCCUGCGACGCUCUCCUGCGUCCACUCAGUCGCGGCGAGUACCUCGAUACGCUCUUCCAGCUCGCCCUCGACGACCAGCAUAAGGCGCUCCAAGUCGAAGGGAAUGAGUUGUUGUGCCUGGCGGCGAAGAGCCUGCACUUCACACAGGACAUCUUGACACGCUGUCUCGACGUGGUUGACAGCGAUGAGUAUGUCAUCCGCGGUGAUGAUGCGGACGCCAACGCGCAGCAGGAGCGACUGCAGCGUCAGCGUCGACAGCUUUCGUGCGGUCGCACGGCAGUAUUACUUCUUAUCUCGCGCCCCAUGACAAGCCAGCGGCGCCAGCUGAUGCUGAGUCUCGUGUUGCAGCGCAGUGGAUAUUUAACCUUUCUCAAGCACCUGCGCUUGACGAAACAUGGUGACACAGCCACCGUGGUCGACUGCUGCCACGCACUGCAGUUCAUUGUGCGCGCCGCGGCGGAGAUGCAGCGCCAGGACAUGGAUCGCUGUGGUGUCUCGAAGCUGAGGGCAGUCAGUGGUGCUGACAGCGACUCUACCUCUGGUGCGAUGUGGCUGCGGGUAACGGAAGGAGUUCAGGCGGCGCUCGGUGAAUCGGUGUUUCAGCUGCUCCUCUUUCAGAAGUUGUCGGAGUCGGACUGCAUGGGAGUCUUGAGGGCUGCUCGUGCCGCAGUGGUGCCUGUCGGCGGCUCUGAGGCCUUUUGA